GAGCAACAGUAGCAGAGCUAGCUCGGUCGAACCAAUGGUGAAUCGCCGUCGUCGCCGCUCCGAUCCCUAGCCCCACCCCGCCAUGACCCACCGCCAUGGCGGCAUCACCUCUGCAUCCGCCGUCGCCCCUCCCUAGGGUGCGCCUCGAAGACGUGGCGCCCCACGAUGGCGCCGCUGCCCCGGCCUACGCGCACGCCGUGGGCGCCCUGGACGCCUCGCUCGCCCUCCGCGGCGCCGCCGUGCUCGAACUCCCCGCCGCCGACGCUGCCGUUGUUCGCUGCGCCCUCGAGUCCGCCCGCGCCUUCUUCCGCGGCCGCCCCGCCGCCUACCUCUACCGCGCCGGGAGGACUUUGGAGGAUGGAGAGCUAUCCCCUGCCUGCAUGGCUGAUGCUUUCAGAUGUUUGGGAAAGGCAGCUCGCGCCGCUCUGAGUGCAAUAGCGCGGCAUCUCCGCUUGCGUACAGAUGUAUUUAACCAUUUGCUCGAUGAUGCCCCGUUGCCUGUUAACGAGGUCUCGUCGUCAGAGUUGCUGGUGGCAUAUUCUCACGAGCAGCUCCAAAGUGCACAUGCACUCAAGGGAUGUCUCAGGUCCUUAAUGCCUGUAGUUGAUAGGGGUUUUGUGACUCUGGUUGCUUCAGAUCAUCCCGGAAUCGAGGUAUGUGACCCAAAUAAUGGCCACUGGUACCUAGCAGAUGGGGGUUCAGGCCCAAGUGAUCUGUUGCUUCUGACUGGAAGAGCCCUAAGUCAUGUUACUGCUGGUCUUCGCCCAAUUUCCCAGUACAGGGCCACUAAUGAGAAUAGGGCAUCACUCACCUUUAGGCUAAUGCCUCAUGCCAACGCUAUAUUGGAUUGCUCUCCAAUUUUAGCUGCUGGCCAUUGCAUACGACAGAUAUACCAACCCGUACCUGCAAGCCAAUUUAUGGAUGAUUCUUGUGCUGAAGUGCAUGUUGUUUCCAGUCACUUGGAAGAACCUUUGGAAUCUCAGGGCAACUGUGUUAGUGAUCCAUCACUCAGAAGUGUCCUCUCAGACCCUUUGUCCGGAGCUUUUCUUGAAGAUGCGAUGGUCCUCCAAUGUGGGCACUCAUUUGGUGGCCUCAUGCUGAAGAAAGCCAUUGAAAUGGCUAGAUGCACGAUCUGCAACAGAGAAGUUGAUUCGACAUCCUUGUUUCCAAAUUUUGCUUUGAGAGCAGUAGCCACAGUGGUGAAGAUGGAAGAUGACAGGAGGCUCUUUCACAACGCCGCUCUUCGGAAACGCAGAAAAGACGUGACCGAGCACGCGGAUGUGCCGAGGCGUACUGGGAGUAGCAGCAGAGACGACGUCGAGCAUGUUCUGGACGCUGAGAGCCCAGCAGCAGUCAAGGGAGUGCAGUACCCAUUUGCGGUGGGCGAGAGAGUCCUGAUCAUGGGAAACAAAAGGACACCCGAGAAAUUCAUCGGAAAGGAGGCGGUCAUCACCUUGCAGUGUUUGAAUGGCUGGUAUCUUGUGAAGGCAUUGGACAGCGGAGAGAGCACGCGGCUGCAGUACCGGUCCCUGAGGAAAUUGCUGGAGCCGCAGACGCUGGCGAGGAUGCAGGGGCUGGUGUCUCUACGAGACUAGAGACUGACGGCAAAAGUUCAGAAUGACAUAUACCAUGGAUGAACCAUAGCUAGCCAUCAUCCAAGGUCGAUCAGGUAGGAGGAAUAGGAAAUGCAGCAUUCUACUCUAGCUAACAGGCGUGAUUGGAUCAUGAGGCUGUAAAACAAAGAGACUCGGCUUGCCUUGCCUCUGUUC